GCCCGGGCGGCCGCGAGGGCGGAUUAGUGAAACGGAUUAAGAAUGAAAGUGUUUGCAAAAUACUAAAACUUUACGACGGGCAGCAGAUUAAGAAUGAAUUGUUUUUUAUUACGCCAGCCGAAAGGGGCAUAAGUCAAAAGGGCAGGUAAAGCGCAGGUAACUUUUUGUCGAUGGUCAAGGGUUUCAAAAAAGUCGGGACUCCGAAUAUACACAGGUAAACACAGGCAGCAGGAUGUGGCUAGCUGGGAUGUAUAAAAACUAGUGUGAUUGUUGAAAGGACAUCAAACGCUCUGAAAACGUUGGACAAGCAACAUCGGAUAUCUGUACUCGCAACUGCAACUAAUAUUGCUGAUACCACCUAAAGAAUCUGCAACAGAAGCAGCAACGUAGAGCUAUCAACUUGCUAAGGAUCCUCGCCGGACUUUGUGUUUUACAAAUACUUAUCGAUUAUAAAAUGCCGCGUUACCAGAAACUCAUCAACGAAUGCGACAGCAAGUCUGCAACAAAUGCGGGCCAACAAGAGCAACAACAUCGCUAUCAGCAGCAGCCAAAUGGGACGCCCAAUGUGGGAUAUCACUUGUAUCUGUACCGCCAGCAACUUUCUCAGAAGAAUGUGGAGUACAUGAGGUUGUCCAAGGCCAAGUACUUUAUCACCGACACUCUGCUGGCCAAAACGGUUAAGAAUUUGAAAGGCUGCAGCGUCGACGAGUUGAAGACUGUUAACCAUCAGAUCGUUUUCCGGCAUAAACUUCGUCGCCAGAUUCAGCGGCUUCGCAAGUUAAGAAGCUUGGGCAUCAAGAAUGCCAAUCCCAAGAUGGAGAGUACGGAAUUGUGAUAGUGAUUAAUAUACACAGGAUCGUCGGAGGCAAUAAUAUUUUACCGCUAUGGUUGAAGCAUAGUACAAAAAAUAUCUCAAAUACCUCUUACGUUUUUGGAAAUCUCUAAAAGAUGUGUAAAUUAUUCAAGAGAAUGUCAUUUGCUUAAGUGAAUGGAUGCAUAAAUUUAUAAAAUUGUAUGGCCCAAAAUCAUGUCAAUAAGCAGUGAUUAUAAUUAGUGUGUAUUUUGUCUGUACUAAUAACAUUAUUGAUUAAUUAAUUUAAUGACGUAUGUGAGCACAGUGAAGAUAAUUAAGAAUAGCACAAUAAUUUGAUUAAAAUGUAAUGAAAUAAACUGCCACGCUGUUAGUAAUCAAAGCUUUUAUAUCAAUGCAUUCACUUUAAAUUAUGACUUUAAAAGAGGCUGCCAUAAUAUUUUGACCUUUCGAGGUCCUGUAGUUGGACGCCAGUUGUAACCAAUAUUUUUGGCAAUAACCUAAUUGUCCAAACAGCUGUUGCCACCUACUCAAGUUUAGACAACGACAUGGAUGUGGACAGAAGCAACCUCAAUGUGACUAUCAAGUGAGGCCAAUUUGUGGCAGCCACUAAUUGAGUUCUCUGUGCAACAUCUUGACACGUGUCAAGACAAAUCAUUUGAGCUUUUGGGCCUUAUCUCUUGACCGCAAGUCUUUUGGAAUUUAUGAGCCCUUCGGGUGCAUUAAACUCGAAUGCCAUUAUCGAUUGGCAAAGGCGCUUUUAACAGGGCACGCAAAUAUGC